AUGCUGCUCCACCACCUCCUCCCCCCCUCCUCCAGGGCCCCGUUCCGCCCCUCUCCGCGGCGGCCGGGCUGCGGGGCGCUCACGGUCCGCUGCGCGCCCUCCUCGGCCGCGUCGCCGCCGGCGUCGUCGUCGUCGUCGGCAGGGCAGCAGGUGGCGAAUGUGCACAGCUACGGGACGGUGGACUUCGAGCGGCGCCCGGCGCUGCGGUGGAGCAGCCUGUACCGGCGCGUGGCGGUGGGCCACGGCGGCCGGCCCGUGGGGCGGACGCUCGCGGACUGGGACGAAGGCGAGCGCCGCCUCGACAAGUGGGAGCUCUGCCGCAUCGCCAGGGAGCUCCGCAAGUUCCGCCGGUUCAACCUCGCACUCGAGGUUUAUGAUUGGAUGACUGAUCGAAGGGAUAGAUUUUCGCUAUCAUCUAGUGAUAUGGCAAUCCAGUUGGAUCUGAUUGCAAAAGUACGUGGUGUUCCAGAUGCUGAAGAAUACUUCGAGAAACUUCCUGACCCACUGAAAGACAAGCGAACGUAUGGGUCUCUUCUCAAUGUGUAUGCCCAAGCUAGGAUGAAAGAUAAAACAGAAUACACAUUUGAGCAGAUGAGGAAAAAGGGGUUUGCAACUGACACAUUACCUUUUAAUGUGUUGAUGAAUUUUUACGUGGAUGUUGCAGAGCCUGAGAAAGUGUCUAGAGUUACUGAUGAGAUGAAGCAAAGAAAUGUCGGUUUUGAUGUCUGCACUUACAACAUUUGGAUAAAGUGUUGUGCAGCUAUGAAAGAUGCUGAUGCAAUGGAACGAGUCUUGAACCAGAUGAUUGCUGAUGAGUCUGUCGUUGCCAACUGGACUACUUAUACCACACUUGCUAGCAUGCAUAUCAAGCUGGAGAACUUUGAGAAGGCAGAAGAAUGCCUGAAAGAAGCUGAGAAGCGAGCAACAGGUAGGGAUAAAAAAUGUUUCCAUUUUCUCAUCACACUCUAUAGCCACCUUCAGAAGAAAGAAGAAGUCUACCGCAUUUGGAAUUGGUACAAAGCAACUUUCAAGACAAUUCAUAACCUGGGUUACCAGGAGGUACUGUCUGCCCUUGUUAGGCUAGGAGAUAUAGAGGGAGCUGAACUUCUAUACGAAGAAUGGGCAUCCAAAAGUUCUAGUUUCGAUCCGAAGACUAUGAACAUUUUAUUAGCAUGGUAUUCUAGAGAAGGUUUUGUUGUGAAGGCUGAGCAAACUCUGAACAGAUUUGUUGAGAAAGGUGGGAACCCCAAACCAAAUACCUGGGAAAUCCUUGCCACGGCGUACCUGAAGGACAAUCAGUUUGCUGAAUCUCUGUCAUGUUUGGAGAAAGCCACUGCAGUUAAAAGUGCAAGUAAAUGGAGACCGAGACCAACCAAUGUUGAGAGUCUCUUGGCAUAUUUCAAGGAGAAGAAUGACAUGGGGAGUGUCGACAGGUUAAUGAGUGUACUCAGAAGUAGAGGGUGUGCUGAGAACGAAGAGUACAAGUCAUUGAUUGACACCUAUGCUUUGGCGGUUGCGGGCACGUGA